UACAGCUAAGCUUAAAUCAAGGUUACGUUAUUGCUGUAUCAGUUAAAAAAAUUGGCAAACACUGAUUUUAAACAGAAUUAUAUUGAGUAAAAUUUAUAAAAUUAAAAGGGAGCGCAGCGUUAAGAAAUGGAGCAGGAACACGUUUUGACAACUAUGUAAAGCUGAUUAAAAAAAACUCUGGAAAUUUAUGUAUGGAAACUGGAAAACGUUUAAACCCAUUCAGGUAUGCCAGAAGUCGUACUAUGGAUCAAUCUUCAAAUUUUGCAUUUAAACUCACGUAUGCAUGAAGCUCGUCUUUACACCAAUCUGCGGUUAUGGCAUUUUUGUCACAUAUAAAAGUUUGAAGAAAAUGUUGCAACUCUGCAACAGUUCGGGUUAAACACUAUCGUUAUAUUUACGUGUUAGGAUGUUACGAGCAUUUGUAUGAUGUCAUCGGGAAUGUAUUCACGCCGGUAGGCGCGUUGGUUUUUUAUUGCAUAACCUGUUGUUUUUGCUUUGCUAUCUUUUUAUAGCCUUUGAUGUUUGGCAACUGCCGCGAAUAUAAGCGCGGCUGCAUCGCUAAUUUGGGGGAGCUGCUGUUUAAGUAGUUGAAAAUUUUGAGUCGUGGAAGUCACCAAUAAAGUCCAUCGCGGUACCCGCUGCAAGAAUUCUUUUCCCUUCGUAACAUACGUGAAUUAAUAUGCAAAAUUUAAAGAAGAUGCAUCCCCAAUGAGACUUUGGUACACCUGCCUGCGUUCUUUUGGAAAUGUUUGGAAUUUAUCCAGAAUUCACUUGCCCUGGGAAUUGUCGGAUUUCAACCGAUCGACCACUGUCUACUGCAAUAUACUGCGAAACGAUCAUAAGCCUCUUCCCUCCCGAAAGGAUUUAACCUCUAUCACGCUGUCAGGAUUUAUGGGAGAGGAGAACGGCAGGCCUCCAUUCAAAAGUUUCUUGAAGAACGUGCAGAACACAACUAAAUAUUUGACAGUUGCUUUCUCUAAAGUUGGCUGGCUGGAUGCCGACACCUUGGGAUCUUUUCCGAAGCUGAGCUGGCUAGAUUUGUCGUAUAACGACAUUUAUGACAUAUCCGCUGAUACGUUCCAGCCAGUGGUAUUAAACAGACUGGAUGGUCACUCUUUAUCUUUGGAUCUCCGGAGUAAUGCAUUGCAGAAGCUUGAUUUGAGCGUGUUCGCACCGCUGGAUUCGUGGUUGAGAUGGUUACACCUUGGUAGACAACAGCCAAAAAUGCGCCAGCUGGACAAAAGUCGAUCAGGAUUCAAAUUUAAAGCGUUAGAAGUUUUUCUGCUGUCGGGAAACGCAUUGACGGCGUUGCCCGCUUGGUUCUUGCAAUCCAUGCCGGGGUUAACUCACAUGGACCUUACAGAAAACAGGAUGUGCUGCUCAUGUUGCGAAACUCAGUCCUUUCUUCGCCUACUCUUAAACACCUCGCACAACCUUCAACAUUUCGAAAUGCGCUGCGGCCCGGUGGAGUAUACUGGUCGGCGGAAUCAUGGUCCAGGAGAAAGCCAUUACCGGGAACUCUCUCGGCUGCUGCAGUUGCCCUGUGCACAAUGUAAGCAGCUCGAUCCCGUGGAAAUCCGCUGCAGGAAAGGCUCCGUUACGAUAUCCGAACGGAAUCUGGAACAGAUUGAGGCGUUGAUCGUCCAUUUCACCAGCGACACCACCAUGCGCUGUAACAGCGUCUUCCAUGACAUCUACCACAACGUGCUGGAACUUGGAAACGUCUCGCAGCCAGAUCCCAGUUCCACAUCGGAGGUCACCCUGUACUGCCGUCAUAAUCGGAUUUCCGUGUGGGGACCUGAUCCCGAUGACUUAAAUCCAUUGAAGAUCGUCGUGGAUACGGAUUUGAGCCCACAAUGCCACAGCAUUCGUGUAGAUUUCUCGAGGUUCAUUACAGACAACAUCUUGAGCGAUGCGGCCAGCAGCGUCUCGCCAUUGCCGGUUCCAGCGGUAGUACCUAUCAAGAGCUGGGUCAGCAACUAUUUAGUUUGUCCGCUUGGCGCUCCUUUAUUCAUCAACUGUUCCGAAGGAACCGUGGAGUUCUCUGAAGGCACCUGGCUAUUCUAUGAAAGACCGCUGAACACCACCAGUUCGAAGAUUCUAUAUAUUAUUGCCGAUGCCUCACUUUCUUGCCGACAGUUCGUUGUCAGUUGUCACCAGUAUUUACUAAAUGCCGCAGGAGCCACGGUUCUUAGUGAUCCUGAGUUCAGUGCAUCGCAAGAUGCUAUCGUCGCCGUAUGCCAACGGGGUCGCACCGUCAUCUCCGAAUCCAACCCGCAAAACUCGGCUAAGUUGCGUCUGACAUACUACUCGGCGCCAAACGAUCCCUGUCAGAAGAAGUUUCGAAUAUUCCUGAACUAUAUUCAAGAUGCAAGCGAAACCUUACUGCCCGAUGAUUAUAUUUCUUAGACGAGAAGGAUCCUGAAUCCUUCCUUAAUCUUAAAAUAUUUAUUAUGUGGUUAUUCCCUUCUUGAGCACUCUUACAAUAAA